AUGGAGAUGAACUAUGAUGAAAAUACGCUGCACCAGCUCGAGGAGGAACUCCACGUCCAAAUUGUACCGGGUACAGAGAUUAUGACAGAUGUGGGCAGCCAUCAUUUUGUCAAGUCCUCCAACCGAGUGCUGGUGCCCCAGCCAAGUGAUGACCCUCAUGAUCCGUUGAAUUGGAAUACCUUCUGGAAAUUCUCUACCUUGACCUGCGCGACAUGUGCAACCUUUGUUCAGGGCAUGGGUCCGCUUUCUCUUGCACCCAUGAUCCCCUAUUUGAUCGAGGCAUUUGAUUCAAACUUGAAUGAUGUGAUUCAGUUCACUGGUGUUGCUAUUCUCGUGCUCGGAUUUAGCAACUUCAUCUGGGUCCCGCUGAGCACUUCCUUCGGCCGGCGACCGGUCUAUCUCGCGUCCCUCUUGAUCUGCUUUGGCAGUGCCAUCUGGAGAGCCAAAGCUCAGACGUAUGGUAGUUUCAUGGGGGCAUGUGUUCUCAAUGGUAUUGCAGCUGGUCCAGCUGAGACCAUCCAGCCUAAUGUCAUUGCUGAUGUGAUGUUCUUGCAUGAGCGAGGAGCGUAUCAGACGCUUUACUUUGCAUUUUAUUUCGGUUCUCUUAUGGUUGGACCUAUCAUCGCUGGUCCGAUGGCAGAGUACUCAGGAUGGCGCAACUUUUGGUGGCUCAAUGUCGGUUUAAUUGGCGCUACAUUCAUCAUGUGCCUUUUCGGCUUUCCGGAAACAAAGUAUCACCGCAUGCAUCCUGAUGAAAUCCACAACAUAGCUUCCGAAAAGACAACCGGGUCCCUGGGAGAGAAGAAUAUGAUCACGACGAUGGAAGGGUCUGACAUAGAAAAGGUGAAGUCCCCCGAGCUUGCCGAUCUUUCUCAUGCGGCCACCGCCCAGCGAGACCCGUGGCUCGGAAAGGGUCGGCCAAGCAAGCAGCAAUUCGGGCUCUUCCAGCCGAACGCGCAUCCGUUCAAGAGCGUUUUGCUUGACCUUUGGAUCCCAUGGAAGCUUUUCGCCUUUCCAAUCGUGGAAUUUGCCUCUUUCGUCGUAUCGUGGAGCGCGUCCUCUUUCCUAACGCUAAAUCUUACGCAAUCUCAAGCGUUUGCAGCACCGCCUUACAAUUUCAAGCCACUUACUAUCGGCUUUUUCAACUUUGCCAUCCUCAUUGGCGGCAUACUUGGUUUGGUCACAGCGGGACCUCUGAGUGACUGGAUCAGUAUGAAACUUACCAAGAGAAACAACGGCAUCAGAGAACCGGAAAUGAGGCUACCGACAAUGAUCCCUUACGUCGCCAUCAUGAUAAUCGGCAACUUCGUAGUUGCCUUUGGCUGGCAGCAGGGUUGGGAUUGGAAGCCGAUCGUAAUCAUUGGCUGGGCAUGUGCCGGCAUCCAAGUCGCAGCUCUCCCUGCCAUCGCCUCCACUUACGCCAUCGACUCCUAUAAGCCCGUUGCCGGCUCAGUAUUCGUGAGCAUUACAGUGAACAAGAACCUUUGGGGUUAUGGUUUCUCGAAAUUCAUCAAUACUUGGAUUGUCGAGGAUGGAUAUGUGCCGCCAAUCAUGACGAACAUGUGCUUGAUCACGCUGUGGUGCCUUUGUGGUAUUAUUUUUUGGAAUCUGGACAAGGAACAGUCAGGUGCACCAUAUGUAAAAUGGGAGGGCAUGGGGCAAGACAUGGAGUUAAUUCAACGCGUGCCCAAUAUGGAUUCUUUGAUGUCGGACUCCGUGUUUGAUGAUGGGGAUGUUUCCGAUGAUUUUGCGCCUUCAACGAAAGCCAAAGCCAAGCCCAAAGCAGCUGCCAAACCAAAGGCGGAUCCAAAGCCCAAAGCUGCUCUGAAAAAGCCUCGAGCCCCCAAGGCUGCCCCAAAGAAGAUGUCACAAACCACACUGAAGCCACCGAAGAAGCGCCCGAAGCCCGAUACGGAGGACGAGGAUUCCGAGGGUGAUCCCUCAUCACACGACGACUCACUCCUUUCCAACACCCCACCAAGCGCGAAGAGACCAAAGAAGGCCCCUGGCCCGAAGAAAAUGGGCGCGAAACCUCUCCGUGAGGUUGAGAAUGAGGCUAUAGCUGAAGCCAUAGACGCCUCUAUGAUGAUGGAUGGCGUAAAUGAGCCGAAGGUAACGAAGGGCUCUAAGUCGACAGAGACGUACCAGAAGCUCACGCAACUGGAACACAUAAUCAAGCGCCCAGACACUUACAUUGGGUCCGUCGAAGCCCAGGAGAAGCAGAUGUGGGUGUACAACAGUGAACAAGAGUCGAUGGAAAUGAGAUCCGUCACCUUUGUACCGGGUAUCUACAAGAUUUUUGACGAGAUCCUCGUCAAUGCUGCAGACAACAAGCAGCGAGAUAAGAACAUGGAUACAAUCAAAGUCACGAUCGAUCGAGCGAAGGGCGAGAUCAGCGUCUUAAACAAUGGACGUGGUAUUCCGAUCGAGAUUCAUGAGAAGGAGCAAAUCUACAUUCCAGAGAUGAUCUUCGGUCAUCUUCUCACGUCUUCCAACUAUGACGAUGAUCAGGAUAAGGUCACCGGGGGUCGAAACGGUUAUGGUGCUAAGCUUUGCAACGUUUUCAGCACUGAAUUUACCCUAGAGACUGCAGAUUCCAAGACGAAGAAGAAGUACACGCAGACAUGGACCGCAAACAUGAGCAAGAUGGGCAAGGCUUCAAUUACAUCGAACAAAAGUGAUGACUUUACGAAAAUCACAUUCGCCCCAGAUUUCCAGAGAUUCAAGAUGCAGGGUAUAGACAACGACUUGGAAGCCUUGAUGAAGCGUAGAGUCUAUGACUUGGCAGGCACCAGCAAAGGUGUUAAAGUCUGGCUGAAUGGUGAGAGGAUCAAGAUCAACAGCUUCAAGAAAUACAUGGAGAUGUACACCAAGGCCAUCAAGAAGGAAAGGGGCGAUGAAGCAGUCAACGAUACCUCUGAGAUCAUCACAGAAAGCCCGGAUGUGAGAUGGGAAAUUGGGUUCGCGGUGUCAGACGGGACAUUUCAACAGGUUUCUUUCGUCAACUCGAUUGCCACAACUUCUGGUGGUACCCAUGUCAACUAUGUUGCUGAUCAAGUCUGCACGAAGCUGCUGGAAAUUGUCAAAAAGAAGAAAAACAACAAAGCCGCAUCUCUCAAAAUCAGCCAAAUCCGAAACCACAUCUUCCUUUUUGUCAAUUGCUUAAUUGUCAAUCCAGCAUUCACCUCACAGACCAAGGAGCAAUUGACUACCAAGCAUAGUCAGUUUGGCAGUAAGUGCAACGUCAGCGAUGAGUUUCUCAAGAAAAUCGCCAGAACUGAAGUUGUGGCCAACAUCCUGCAUUUCGCAGAGCAGAAGGCAGACCAGAUUCUCAAGAAGAGCGAUGGUAGCCGACGAAGUCGUAUGGACAAUCCGAAGCUCACAGAUGCCAACAAGGCUGGCACCAAAGACGGCUACAAGUGCACGCUCAUCUUGACCGAGGGAGACUCGGCCAAAGGUUUGGCAAUCGCAGGUCGAUCUGUUGUCUCUGCAGAUCUAUUCGGUGUAUAUCCGCUUCGUGGCAAACUGCUCAACGUGCGAGAUGCUCCAGUCGAUCAAAUAGCGAAAAACGCCGAAAUCCAGAACAUCAAGAAUUUCAUUGGGCUCAAGCACAAGACAACCUACACGGACUGCAAGAGCUUGCGUUACGGACAUCUCAUGAUCAUGACUGACCAAGAUCAUGACGGAAGCCAUAUCAAGGGUUUGCUCAUCAACUUCCUCCAAGUCCAAUUCCCGAGUCUGCUCAAGAUCCCCGAAUUCCUCGUCGAGUUCAUCACACCCAUUGUCAAAGCUUACAAGGGCGAUCCAAAGAAGCCCAAGCAGGCCGAGACUUUUUUCACCAUGCCAGAGUACGAGGCAUGGAAAGAAGACCACAAACCUGAACUGCACAAAUGGGAACACAAGUACUACAAAGGAUUGGGUACAAGCACCACAGAGGAAGCUCAGGUCUACUUCCGAGAUCUGGACAGGCACUUGAAAGAGUUCCAUACCAUGAAGGAAAGUGAGGUCGAACUUAUUGAGCUUGCAUUCUCGAAAAAGAAAGCAGACGAGCGGAAGGAAUGGCUUCGCCAAUUCAAGCCUGGAACGUAUCUCGACCAUUCGGAGAAAGGUGUCUCGUACACCGACUUCGUCAACAAAGAACUGAUUCUCUUCAGCAUGGCGGAUAACAUGCGUUCGAUCCCCUCUGUCGUUGAUGGUUUGAAGCCCGGGCAACGCAAGGUUCUCUACACAUGCUUCAAGCGUAACUUGAAGAAAGACGUGAAGGUUGUUGAACUUGCCGGUUCUAUUUCUGGUCUCACUGCCUAUCAACAUGGUGAAGCCUCACUUCAAGGUACCAUUGUGGGCCUUGCGCAGACAUUCGUUGGAUCUAACAAUCUUAAUUGUCUUGAGCCCAGCGGCAACUUCGGCAGUCGUCUUCAGGGAGGUAGCGAUUGUGCCAGCGCACGUUACAUCUAUACACGUCUCUCGCCUUUUGCUAGAAAGGUUUUCCAUGCUUCAGAUGAGCCGCUUUUGACCUACAACACAGACGACGAGCGUACGAUUGAGCCUGAAGUCUAUGUACCAGUAGUUCCAAUGGUCUUGAUCAACGGUGCGGACGGUAUCGGGACUGGAUGGAGUUCCUCGAUCCCGAAUUACAAUCCCGAGGACAUCGUUGAGAAUCUCAAGCUCAUGAUGGCCGGCGAACCUCCGAAGGAAAUGACUCCAUGGUUCCGAGACUUCAAAGGCACCGUCACCCGUAUGGGUCCUGACCGAUACAAGUUCAGUGGAGUCAUCAGGCAGACAAGCGAUACCGAGAUUGAGGUCACCGAGCUGCCGGUGCGCAUGUGGACUCAGGACUUCAAAGACAGGAUUGUAGACAUCAUCAAGGCAGAGAAGACACCAUCUUGGAUCAAGGACUACGAUGACUACAACACACACAAGGAUGUUCAUUUCGUCAUCAAGAUGGAAGACAAGCAUAUGAAACUUGCGCUCGAGGAAGGCUUGGAAGAUAAGUUCAAGCUGACAAAGUCGAUUGCCACAUCCAAUCUGGUUGCUUUUGAUGCUGAGGGUAGAAUCACGAAAUAUGCGACUGUCGAAGAUAUUUUGAAAGAGUUCUAUGGUAUCCGCAUCAAGUUCUAUGAGAAGCGAAAGGCCUAUAUGCUGUCUGAAAUGCACCGUGAGCUUGAGAAGUUCACCAACCAAGCACGCUUCGUCCAGAUGAUUAUCGACGGCAAACUCGUUGUAUCAAAGAAGAAGAAGCUGGCCUUGGUACAAGAGCUGAAGGAGAAGGGUUUCAAGGCCUUUCCCAAGAAGGCCGAAGCUAUCAAAGAGGGGGAACUUGCGCCUAUUGCAGACAAUGACGAAGAGGAGGAGGAGGAUACCCAGACUGGCGCAGCCGCAUAUGACUACCUUCUCGGCAUGCCUAUCUGGUCGUUGACCAAGGAGCGCAUCGAAAAGUUGCUGCAGCAGGUUGGUGACAAGGAGAUUGAGAUCGAUAACCUUAUCAAGCUCACCAAAGAGGAUCUCUGGACGAGAGAUCUCGAUGACUUCCUCAGCCAGUGGAGAUUCGAGCUUGACGAUGAGGCUAAGCGCCAAAAGAAAGUCGCGAACAUGGGUCGCCGAGGCUCCAGGAAGUUGAACAUAACUGGGGGCGUAGCAGGUCGAAAACGCAAGAACGACUCUGACGAUGACGACUUUGAUGUUGCUCCUGUCAAAACUAAGAAGACUGCUAUGCCGAAGGAGGUCGGAGGCUUACUUUCUUACAUGAUGCCGGACACCAAGACUAAGGCGUCGCCAAAAUCGAAGGCUAAAGCCCCGACAGUCACGCAAAAGGCUGCGAAGAAUGCCCUGGAUCUGAUAUCAGCACCAGCUAAGGAAGAAGACAAGGGCGACGUCUGGAUGAAUCUGGAUGGGUCAGGCUCGGAUGUGCCGAAGGUAACCAAGCCCAGAGCAGCUCCUCUAAAGACGGCUCCUCCAGUAAAGAAAGCGGUACCAGCGCCCAAGAAGAUCGACUCUGAUGAGGAUGAUGAAGCGGCGGACGAAGAGAUCAUACGUCCUGCCGCUGGCCGUAGGCCUCGUGGUGCAGCUGCGAAGCUAGUCUCAUACAAUGUUGAUGGUUCGGACUCUGACGGCGAUGGUAUGCUCUUCGAUGUUGGUAAGAUGGUCAAAGGUAUCGAUACAGCCUCCGCACCUGCAGACAAAUCUCGGCCCCUAUUUUCAGCGUCGAUGUCUCGUCCCGGCAGCAGUGCAGGCCUCCCAAAGAGGUCCACCUCUUCAAAGCCCGCUAUCGAUAUCGAUAGUGACGAUACUAAUUAUUCCAAGCUUGCUCCUCCUACCGCGAAGAAAGGACCAGCCGUCACCGCGAGGAAGACGAUCCUAUCUGAUGACGACGAGGACUCCUUGGACGACAUCAUAGCGGCCCCUCCCAAAGCGUCCAAGCCAGCUCCAAAGGCUGCUGUCAAUCCCGGUCCUAAGGGCAAAGCCGUAGCGAAGAAGCCGACCAAAGGGGCUGCUCCCCCUCCCCCAGAAGCGAAGAAGUUGCCGUUGAGCCCUGCAGCGAAAGCUUAUGCAGCGAAGAAAGCCAAGGCAGAAAAGGCCGCGCUAAAAGCUAACAGUCCGUCAGAAGACGAACUGGAAGGUCUGGCAAAUGAGGUCAUGGAUGAUGAUGACGAUGAUGAGGAUGCAGGUCCGGCUGUGCGUCGACCAGCGCGGCGUGCAGCUUCUGCUGCGCCGAAGAAGAAAUGGGUUAUUUCCGAUGACGAGGACGAGCUUGAGGAGGAGCUUGAGGAGAGCACGAUGCAAUUUGGUGACGGGGAUAGCGAUGAUUGA